AUAAGGCCACGCGGUUCGCGGUGCAGCCGCCGUGACAGAGCUAACAUGGUGCAUGUAAUAUUUAAUUUAGCAAGGUUUAGAGCAGGGCUGAAGAAGUGAGGAAGAGACAACGAACCUGCUCUAAUGCCGCCGGAUUACCCUUCAGAUCUGAUCCGAGACAUAAAGAUCCGCCUGCGUCAGGCCGCCGGCGUGCCUUCUUACGAUCCCGGCGACCCUAAUCUCCCCUCCUUUCCAUCCGUCGCCGAUUCCGUGGCGGCUCUCGAUCCCACUCUUCCCGACUACCUCCGCUGCAAGAGAUGCCAUGGAGGACUUGUCAGAGGGAUCAACUCAACCAUCUGUAUCUUCUGUGGCGCAGAGCAGAGAGGGGAUGGCGUUUACCGGACGAUCUCUUUCAACUCCACUCUGGGUUACCGGAAAUUGCUCCAAUCCCUCGACCUUGACGGUUCGGAAGUGGUUAAUUUGGAAGCUGAAUCAAAGGAGUCAAGUAAGGGCCAGAAUUCACCAAAUGGUGGGUUGACAUUAGCUAAAAUUUUGGAUUUAGAGUUUAGAUGGCCUAGAGAAGUUGCUGGAAUUGAUAAUAACAGUGGCAGUGAGGCUCCUCAGGUAGCCCUUGUAAGUUUAUCAGGUGUUGAUUUGGAUAAUUUUUUCUCUGAUCAGAAAAAUGAGAUUUUCUCCAGAUCUAAUACUUCUCACUCCACAAGCAGUGCACCUCAAGUGAGAACUUAUGAUGCAAACUCAUUUUCAGUUGAUUGGGACCCUUUUCUGUCCAGUACAAUAAAUGAAACAACUUCCAGUGUCAAUUUAUCCUCUGGAUCCCAAAAGUUUGGUUUUUCGGAAGAACGGCAAUCAUUAGACGUGACAAAUAGUUCUGCUAAUGCCAAAAGUGGCGCUUUGGAUGAUGCUUUUGCUGAUUGGGAAACCGACUUUCAAUCUGCUAGUUCUGCAACAUUUGAUGCCAAGUCCAAACAAAUAGAUCCUGAGCACAUUCCUAAAGACUUUCAAUCUGCUAAUCCUGCUACAGUCACCACUGAGUCAAGAACUAUGGAUCCUUUCCAUUAUGCUGUUGAUUAUGAAACAGUUGGAACAGAGCCCAAACAAAUUGACCUCUUCCAGUUUUUGAAUUCUGAAGCAAUUUCAACAGAUUCCAGGCCUAUUGAUCCUAUCCAGAACUCUGCAGGCUUUCAAUCUGUGAAUUCCGAAGCAGCUGCAACGGAGUUCGGAUAUUUUGAUAAUUUCCAGAAUUGUAGUGGCUUUUCUCCUAUUAUCAUAUCAAUGUCAGAUCAAAACACAAAUAUUGGGCAUAAUUUCAGCAAGGAUGACACUGAUGUAGAUCUGACAUCCAAGAAAACUGAUCCAGUAGAAACUAUUAGUAGCGCUUUUGUUGGUGAUCUUAAGAACGAAAGGGACGAAACAACUUCUGAGAGUGUCAGUAGGACUUGUGAUGAUUUGGGGCAGAGCAGUGUAAAUGAAAUCAAUAAUACGAAAAGUCUAAAUUACCAUGAUGAUGACUUGUUUGAUGAUUGGCAAGAUUCUACCACUGCAUCCGGGAAUUUGUCAAUUAUGCCAUCAUUAACGAGCGACAAGCUUCACCCUCUUCCUUUAGAAGUGAACUCGGGAGAUGCAGAAGACCUGGAGUUUGGUUGUUUCAUACAAUCGGAUUCAUUUUCAGUUGCUUCAAAUGAUCUGCAAAGUUCAAAUCUCAUCGAUACUAGACAGGGGGGUGAUUCAGAUGCACACAGGACAAAUCAAACUAACGAAGAAACUGGCAAUGCUUCUGCCAUACACAGCAGUUUAGACAUGAAUGAGAAUAAUCAUGAUCCAUCUGAUCUGGAUGCUUCCAAACUCAAAGUGGAUAUGUUACUGGCUCAGAUGCCAGACCUCUCGUUCAUGCUUGAGGAUUCCCUCCAUAUUCCUAAGAAGCCCUGCAGUUCUGAACCGAACACUUGAUUCCGACUCCAGUCGUCCAAUCUUAAUAAUGUUUGUUAUGGCAAUCAGUUUAGUUAUCUUUGGAGCAAGCAAGCACGAGGAGACACUAAUUGAAAGUGAAAUCUCUAAAUAGGCCUUGGAUUAUUUACAUGGGGCCGUUUUUGUCCUAGAAUCUAUAAGAGUGUCAAGUUAAUCCUCAAACUCCUUUAAUAUGAGCUGAAAUAAUCUCCAUGAAAGAUUACCCUACAAAGAGCUAGGGAAUCACUUCAACGUUAUUCUCAUAAAAGAAAAUAUCUGGUAAGGAAGAAAAAAAUAAAGCAUUAUUAGGAAGAAGAAUUCUUCGUACAAAAUCAUACUUUUGGAUACUAGGAUUCCCAUGGAUGUUCUUUAGGAUAUCAGUGAAAAAUCAGCCAUUGAAGUUAACAGACAGCUGAGACAUAUGGUCUGUUUACUGGAUAAGCAGAAGUUACUGUUGGUUCUUCGCAGUUGGCUUCAGUUAUUCCCAGAAUUUUACCUUUUUCUUGAAGGGUUUUCUGAUCUGUUUCUGUAACAAGAAUUUUGUUUUUCGUUUUUUUUUUUUUUUUUGCUACGAUUUUGUUCUUUUAUGGACAUGUGGACUUAAUUGUUUUGA